UCCAAUAUCUAGCUGUAUUAUUACCACAUCUAGCUAGUCUUGUAAAACCCUUUUACCCACAAACACAAGAAAUUAAUGGAGUCGAGCCGCAAGCGAAGAACAGGGUUCAUCAAAGGGAAACUGGUGAAGUCUUUAUACCGAGCAGCAGCACCUGCGAAGCCCACCACAUCACCAACUAAUUAUUAUUACAGCUCGGAGGACGGUCCUCGAACUGUUUAUCAUCUUCAUCUUCAUCAUCAUCAGCCAAAGGAAAAGCUUGUUCCUUACAAUCCAAAUAGCAUCAUUAUAAUGAACCAGGAGAAAUCUGCACCUCCGUUGAAGCCAAAAGUUUCUUAUUACAUUCCACCGCAGAGUACGCACUCUAAUGGUACUAAUACUGGAAAUAAUUAUUAUGCCAAGAUGGACAAAUCUUAUGGAGACGAAAGCGUCGAUAUAAAGGCUGCGAACUACAUAUCAUGUGUUCAGGAGCGUUUCAAACUUGAACGCACUUGUUAAUUCAGAAAGAAACCGCAGCUUAACGAAGUGUUGCAGAUUCAGCCUUGAAUAAUGAUUACAAACAGCGCCUUUGGCACUUGCUAUACAUUCGGGCAAGGGAUCAGUUAACCGUUACGGCAUUGAUCUUGAGUUACUAGCUAAUUACUGUUAAUCAUGUAGUAGAUACUUCAUCAUACAAAUCAUUUGAUACACAACUUAUAAGUAGUUGGUUUUGUUGUAGUAAAUAAAACAUCGCAUGCCUCAUAA